AUGACUGAGACUGUAAGAAACAAAGGCUGUUAAUUUGAUCGAUUCUGCAAAAUAAUCAAAUUCCAGUGUAAUUUAAAAGCCAGAACUUUAAUACAUGAUUUUUAAAUCUUUAGUAAACAAAUAAUUUAUCGUCCCUUGAUAUUUUCAUUUUAAAUACUUUAGAAUUUUUAAUAAAAACUUAGUUGUAUAUUAGUUGAACUAAUAUUAAGUAUUAUACAAAAAUAUUAUUAGUUUAUAUGCUUUUCUUCUUAGAUUUAUAAUUAUUUACAGCUAGACAUACAGAUAAAAAGAAUUGGAGAAGAAGUAGAUAAAACUUCUGAAAUUUUUGAAAAUGUAUUAAAUAGAAUUUAAAAAUAAAAUGAGAAUAUUAAAUUGUCCAAAUAGCAAAAUAUCCAAUCACUUUACUAUUUUUUUGUAAACUAUUUUUGA